AUGUUUUCAAAAGAUCCCCUUAAUAAAGCAUGCGGAGAAGGAAAUCUCGAACUUAUUAAAUCUCUUAUAGAGAAUGGUAAUUAUGGACAAGUAAAAUCUUUAGAUAUGCCAUUCAUUUUUGCAUCAGAAAAAGGUCAUCUUGAAGUUGUUAAAUAUCUAAUCUCAUUUGGAGCUGAUAAAGAUGCAAAGGAUAAUUUUGGUGGAUUUACUCCACUCAUUAUUGCAUCAAUUAAAGGUCAUAUUGAAGUUGUUGAAUAUCUUAUCUCUGUUGGAACUGAUAAAGAAGCAAAGAAUUCACAUGUAAAUACUCCACUCAAUUUAGCAUCAAUAUAUGGUUAUCUUGAAGUUGUUCAAUAUCUUAUCUCAGUUGGAGCUAAUAAAGAAGCAAAGGAUAAAAAUGGAUAUACUCCACUCAUUAUUGCAUCAAUUAAUGGUCAUCAUGAAGUUGUUGAAUAUCUUAUCUCUGUUGGAGCUGAUAAAGAAGCCAAGAAUAAUGAUGGAUAUACUCCACUCAUUAUUGCAUCAAUUAAUGGUCAUCAUGAAGUUGUUGAAUAUCUUAUCUCAGUUGGAGCUAAUAAAGAAGCAAAGGAUAAUGAUGGAAAUACUCCACUCAUUAAGGCAUCAUUAAAUGGUUAUCUUAAAGUUGUUGAAUAUCUUAUCUCUGUUGGAGCUGAUAAAGAAACAAAGGAUAAUAACGGAAAGACUGCUCUUGAUGUUGCAAGAGGUUCUGUGAGAAGAUACUUAUUGGAAGACAAAACCGAAUAG